AGUUUGAGACUGGCUCUCCAGCGUAUAAAUCCCUUGAAACCAUGCUCCUGGUCGCACAGGGUCGGUUCGUGAAGGAGGCGGACGGUGGGAUUACGGUGGAGUACCGAGUCAGCAAGGUCCUAGCUGGUUAAGAUGGCAGCCGAGAGAAUUGAAUGGUUGCGGAUCUCGUUCCUUUACGGAUCUGGAGGAGUGGAUCAAGGAUCAACCAUUAAUCUAUUUACUAUUAUGAAGCGAAGUGAUCAAGCAAUUGCAGAUCCGAAGAUCCUCUGGGCGUUGUUUCUUAUUUUCCCACAUCCGACGCCCGUUCCGGGGAUGACGGUUGACAUCAUCCCGGUCAGAGAAUCCGCCGGUGUGGCUAGUGCAACACAAUGUGGCUAGUACUCUGCAUGGCUCUGUUGAUCCAUUGGAUACGUGUGGCUGACUAAGCGGAAUACUUUCACGGUAAAAGUGGGGCAUCUACGUAACUGAAUCUCCUUCCCCAG